GACACAUAACCUUCCUUUUCUAAAUAAUUUUUGUGCUGUGUACACGUGUUUCUCACAAUGGCACCCGUCGAAAAAGCUAAAAAGGUCGCCAAAUCGGCCAAAAAGGGCAAGAAGCACCCCCUCAAUUCGUACCUGAAGGGCGGUGUCUUGCGUUACUCCAAAGCCCAGAUGUACAAGCGCCGCGCGCUGUACCGCCUUAAGGACAAGAAGUCACCAGUUGUGCAGAAGGAGAAGGUGCCAAUCAAGAAGGUGAAGAAGAUCGGUGGCCCCAAGAACGGUGGUGAGCGUACCGUCUAUCUGCGCAAACCUAAGGCCAACUAUCCAACCAAGACCUUCGUGAAGAAGCGCCCAUCCAAGGCCAACUUCAGCGAGCACAAGCGCACCACGCGCCGCAACCUGAAGCCCGGCACUGUCCUCAUUCUGUUGGCUGGUCGUCAUCAGGGCAAGCGCGUUGUGCUGCUGAAGACUCUGAGCUCUGGCCUGCUGCUGGUCACUGGUCCAUUCGCCUUGAACUCGUGCCCACUGCGUCGCGUGUCGCAGCGUUACGUUAUCGGCACAUCGUCGCGUGUGGAUUUGGGUGCAUUCCAGGUGCCCGAGCAUCUGAAUGAUGCCUACUUCCGUCGCCUGAAGGCCAAGAAGGAGAAGAAGUCUGGUGAGGCCGACAUCUUUGCUGCCAAGAAGGAGCGUUUUGUGCCCAACGAGCAGCGCAAGAAGGACCAGAAGGAAGUCGACAGCGCUCUGCUGAAGGCAAUCAAGGCACAUCCCGAGGGCAAGUUCUUCAAGAAGUACUUGCAGAACAUGUUUGCGCUGCACUCUUCCCAAUACCCACACCGUCUGCGCUUCUAAGGGAAAGAUCAUCGCGCGCUUCACUUUUAAGGAUUUUUUAAAAUACUUUGUACAAGCCCCCGCUGAUUACAAAUAAAAACAAAAUUACAAUAACCGGAGAACUCUGUGUCUGAGGUAUGAAAGAAACACACAA